AUGCUGAACGACAAUUCGAAGGCUGCGAUCCAAGGAGCCUGGCUGACAGGCGCGUGUGGUAGGUUCUUGAUGAAAUGCACGAACGAGACGGUGACGAUUGAGCUCAAGACCGGUAAGCACCAAUCCGAGUUUCCCCAACCUCCUGUACUGACAGUACCCUUUCGCAGGCACGAUCGUGCAAGGCACCAUCACCUCCGUCUCGCCGCAAAUGAACACGAACCUCAAAAACGCGAAGAUGACGCCCAAGAACGGCACUCAGAUUGCCCUCGACCAGAUCAGCAUCCGUGGUAGCGAGAUUCGAUACUAUAUUCUGCCGGAUUCGCUACCGCUUGAUACGCUUCUGGUGGAUGAUGCGCCAAAGCCGAAGAACAAGGCGCGGAAAGAGCAGGACAAGAGCGGCGGCGCCGGCGCCGGCGGCAUGCGCGGUGGCAGAGGUGGCCGCGGUGUCGGCAGAGGGCGUGGCAGGGGCAGAGGCCGUGGAGGUGGACGCGGGUUCUAA